AUGAUUACGACUUCAUCUGCGUCCACCUAUCCCACCCGAGACUCCGCCGCCAGCUGUACCGGUCCAGGUCCAGCCACGCCCUCGCCGGGCAGAUCCCGUUCACUAGGGCCGACUUGGUUCUCAACAGCAGAGGUGAGGCGCUCGCACGAUCCACCCGUCGACCGGGUCUUCCACGGCACGGAGGAAGGAUGCCCUCGAAUUCGUUUCCCAUCCAUCAAAGAUUGGGGAUCUCUGGUCGUGGGUCGACUGUCGCCGUACCUGAACGUGGACUCGUCCGACUCCGGGAUCCGGCGGAACCACGAGCUGAUGCUGGAGCAAGAACUGAAUUUUGCAGCGCAUCUCAGUCUUCCGGCCGUCACGUUCCGCCUCAAGUCCCUCGAUUGCGUCAACUUCGCCCGCAUGCUCCUGUCCAAGAUCCAGACCCCGAACACCAACUAUUCCGUUUGGGUGGAGGUCCCCAUGAGAGAACCGGUCGUAAACCCUUUGUACCGCAAACACGAAGAGGAGGAUGACCCGGACGAAGAGGACGAAGGAACCGAAUCGGCAUCCGAAGAUGACGCUUUCACAUGGCAGAGAUGGAGUCGGUUUCGGAACCUCAUCGGCCCCCACGGGAAGCUCGGUCUCGCCCUGGAGAUCACGAGCGACCUCCCAUCGCCCGAGGCCAUCAACCGUUGGCUCGGGGAACCCAUCCGUUGUGUGUUCGUCUCCACCAAGGUGUUCCUGACCAAUCAGAAGGGAUUUCCCGUCCUAAGCCAGGCGCAUCAGGCCCUCAUCCGUCGUCUGCUCUGCCUGGACGCCCAGGUCAUCAUCCGGGGAUUCGGCCGUCAUUCUCACCUUCGUUUCUAUCAGCAGUACAUCACUUAUCUCUGGCAGACUCGCCCUCCCGAAGAUGCCUUGGCUCAAUUUGCCAAGGGUUAUGAGGACUAUCUGCAGAGUCCCUUGGCACCCUUGUCGGACAAUCUGGAGAGUGCCACUUACGAGACCUUUGAGAAGGAUCCCACGAAGUACUCACUUUAUCAGGAGGCCAUCAGGAAAGUUCUCCAUGAGAAGUACAAGGGUGAUCAUAAGCCCCUGUUGGUGUUGGUGGUCGGCGCGGGGCGCGGACCUCUGGUGCGAGCAGCCCUCAAUGCAUCCAAGAUCGCCAAGUGUCCCAUUCGUGUAUUUGCCGUCGAGAAGAAUCCCAAUGCAGUUGUCACGUUGCAGCACCUGCAACGACACGAGUGGAAGGAGCAGGUGGAGGUGAUUCCGGGAGACAUGCGAUACUGGAAGCCCCCGCAACCGGCCGACCUGGUCGUCUCCGAACUCCUCGGCUCCUUCGGCGACAACGAACUCAGUCCUGAGUGCCUCGAUCCCCUCAAUGACUGCCUCAAAGGCAAGUGGCAUGCAGGAGAUUCCAUCAUCCCCAGUUCCUACACGUCUCAUCUGGCCCCGAUAUCGUCGUACCGUGUCUACAGCGAGGUGAAGGUCGCCCGCAUCGACACCAACGAACGCGUGAACCAUGACCGUUCGCAACCCCCAUCUCAGUUUCACACACCAUAUGUGGUCCACCUUCGUAAUUAUGUGUCCUUGGCUGCCCCACUCCCCCUGUUCUCAUUUGAGCAUCCCAACCGAGAGAUCGACAACAGUCGCUACGAGAAGCUGGAGUUCGAGAUGAAGGAGGCCGGAAUGCUGCACGGCUUUGCGGGCUAUUUCCACUCCGUCCUGUAUAAGGACGUCCACAUGAGCAUCGUCCCCGAGACUCACUCCCCCGGGAUGUUCUCCUGGUUCCCCAUCUUCUUUCCCAUCAAGUUUCACACACCAUAUGUGGUCCACCUUCGUAAUUAUGUGUCCUUGGCUGCCCCACUCCCCCUGUUCUCAUUUGAGCAUCCCAACCGAGAGAUUGACAACAGUCGCUACGAAAAACUGGAGUUCGAGAUGAAGGAGGCCGGAAUGCUGCACGGCUUUGCGGGCUAUUUCCACUCCGUCCUGUAUAAGGACGUCCACAUGAGCAUCGUCCCCGAGACUCACUCCCCUGGGAUGUUCUCCUGGUUCCCCAUCUUCUUUCCCAUCAAGGAGCCCGUGGCAGUGGGAAAGGGGGACAAGCUGGAGGUGCACUUCUGGCGCGUGGUCGGGGCCCGGCACGUCUGGUACGAGUGGACCGUCACCGACCCGGUCACCUUGCAGAUUCACAACGCUUACGGCCAUUCUUACGCCAUUCCUCGUUGAGUCUAAAUCUCAAGCAAUAAAUGUCCCGUUUCCUA